AUGAAUUCUUCUAAGCACGCUCAAGCUCUGGCCGAGCUAGAUUCACCCGAUCCCGCUGUGCGUGUAAAAGCGUUGAGGUUUAUAAAAAAUAACAUCAUCGGGAACAAGACAAAGAAGGAUCUAUACAUUAGCCUAAACAUUAUUCCCAAGCUUGUCUCCUUUUUCAAAAACAAAGAGGGCAUUGACCCUCAAGUGCAAAUACAAGCCGCGAUCGUACUAGGAAGUUUUGCAUAUGGUGGUGAAAACAAUGUCGCCGAGUUAGCCAAACAUGGUGCCGUCAAACCUUUAUUGGAAUGCAUAUCCAUAAAGAAUGAUCCUCGACUAAUUGAAGCUGCCGCCCGGGCAUUGAAGGCCAUUUACAAGUGUCCUAAGGCCGACAAGAAUGAUAUAUUUCAGGAUGCGCACCUUCGGGAUCUCAUCAUCCUCCUUAACCCCGAUUCACUCAAUCCCAAAACAGACCGCGAGAAGAUCGCGUCCGUACACACAUCCGAGUUGGCCGCAACUAUAAUUGCGCGCUGCUGCGAGACCAAUGAACAACAAAUUCAAAUUGAAAGCGCCGGGGCUUUUCCGGCCUUGGUGAAAUUAUUGGUUUGUGGCUUUUCCAAGGCUCAGGAGGCUGCUCUGGAUGCCCUGGCUUACCUGUGUCGUGAAAAUUCGGAAUUUGGCAAGGCCAUUGUCGAAACAAAAUCCGAAACGAACGAUAGUCCCGUCAGAAUCAUGUUAAAUCUAAUCCGUGACAAGUCACCAACCAUGCAAUUGGUGUCAGCCAAAUGCUUAACCCACCUCAGUCGCGCAAACGCAAUCACGGAGUACUUUAACGAUAUCACAUUAACGGUGCUGCCGACAUUGGUAAAAUUGCUUGAUGAGAAGGGUCCGGUUCGCGAAGAAGCCCCGCAAGUCUUGGCUUAUUUGAUCCGCGAUAAUGAAGAAUUACAAAAGGCCGCUUGUGAUUCGGGGGCCAUCCUAAAACUGGCUGACUUUGUAACUCACGUUGCCGAUCAAGAAAAUUCUUAUUAUGAUCCCCUCGGCGACAGCGAUAAAUUGAAAGAGAAUGCUCUGAUGGCACUUGCGGCCAUAAGUUCGCUGACCGACGACGGGAGAAAGCUGCUCUUGUCGGAUGAAUCCACCGAUGUCCAGAAAACUGCGUGCGCCACUAUAUGCAACAUCGUGUUAGAAUUCUCACCGAUGAAAAGGAUAAUAAUUGAGCAGGGAGGAAUAGAAAAGUUGGUGGAGUUGGUUCAAUCUUCGGAUAACACGCUGAGACUCAAUGCCAUCUGGGCCCUAAAAAAUUUAGUCUAUAAUGCUGAGUCAGAGAUCAAAGAUUCAGUAAUGAAAGCACUAACAUAUCCAACACUGGAAACAUUAAUUAUGGAUCAAGAAGUUGAUAUACAAGAAAAGGCGUUGAAUCUAUUGAGGAAUUUAGCUUGUACAAAACCAUAUGAUAUUGAAGAGGUUUUUAAAGGAUUGGGCGAAAAUUGCUUGAUGGAUAUCAUUGAAAAUAAACUUUGUUCUUGGAAUGAAGAGAUCAUUAAACAGGGAGUGCCCACACCCCAUCGACUAAGAAGCUCCCCUGGACGCAUCCGAGAGUUGCGCCAGUUAGGCUUUGAGGAUAUGGUAAAAAGCAUGAUGAAUGAUGAGAAUUUGGAUGUGCGCGAAAAGGCCAAGACCGCGUUGUCACAAUUUUCUCAGGUGUAG